AUGGAACGGAUAGUGGGUGGUAAAUUCAAGCUCGGCCGUAAGAUCGGCAGUGGAUCAUUUGGUGAAAUCUUUCUCGCUACGCAUAUGGAUACUUUUGAAAUUGUAGCAGUGAAGAUUGAAAACAGUAAAACAAAGCACCCACAACUUCUUUAUGAGGCCAAGUUAUACAACAUUCUUCAAGGAGGAAGUGGUAUACCCAGUAUAAAAUGGUCUGGUGUCAAUGGGGAUGACAAUGUACUUGUCCUUGACUUGCUGGGACCGAGUCUUGAGGACCUUUUCGUGUACUGUGGAAGAACGUUCUCAUUAAAAACUGUAUUGAUGUUGGCAGAUCAAAUGAUAACAAGAAUAGAGUUUGUGCAUUCCAAAGGGUUUCUGCAUCGAGAUAUUAAACCAGAUAACUUUCUCAUGGGCCUUGGUCGAAAAGCGAAUCAGGUUUACAUUAUCGAUUUCGGUCUGGCAAAAAGGUAUCGGGAUUCAUCAACAAACCGACAUAUUCCUUACAGGGAGAAUAAAAAUUUGACAGGAACUGCACGCUAUGCAAGUUGUAAUACCCAUCUUGGGAUCGAGCAAAGCCGGAGAGAUGAUUUAGAAUCCCUUGGAUACGUACUUCUGUACUUCCUGAGAGGAAGCCUCCCAUGGCAGGGAUUAAAAGCUGCCACAAAGAAGCAGAAGUAUGACAAGAUUUGUGAGAAAAAAUUAUCGACUCCUAUUGAGGUGCUGUGCAAGUCCCAUCCUGUGGAGUUUGCUUCGUACUUCCACUAUUGCCAUUCGUUGACAUUUGAUCAACGACCUGACUACGGAUUUCUGAAACGUUUAUUUCGUGAACUGUUUGCUCGUGAAGGAUAUGAGUUUGAUUACGUAUUUGAUUGGACUAUUCUGAAGUAUCAGCAAGCACAAAUAAAUAAAACACAAAAACGGCCAAUUGCUGGAGAGAGCAGUCAAGCAGCUCCUAUGGUUGUGGAAAAGCAUACAGGGAAUAAUGCACCGAUCUCAGAUGAUUUGGCUGAACGCAUGAGGUCAAACAACGCUGCCGCCAGCUCUGGUGUUCGCUUUCAAUUUAAAUCUCCAACCAAUCGAAACUUCACCCAUGGGAAUGUUCUCGACAAAAAUGUUCUGAGCAAUGAACACGUGCCGUCUACUUCAUUCUCUCCAGCUGCUGUGGGGAAAGUAAAUUCCUCAAAACCUAUGUUAUCUACUGAAGCAAAUGCGAGUCAUGGGAAUGGUGACAACUCUGGUCCUUCAAGUAGUUGGAUUUCUUCCCUACGCCGCAUUUCCUCAUCCAAGUAG